GGCGAGUACAGUUCGCUGGCCACAAUAAAAUGUUUCUCUUUCUUUCUCUGCAUAUGCAUGCGUUGCACUACGUCCAGAAAAUCAAUGCACUGGCACAAGCAGUGCUCCGAGGUGGAAUUUUUCCGACGAGCCGCCCGAGAAAAAAUACGAUCGCCUUAAAAGCGAGGGUGGACCGCGGGGAUUUCAAUAUUAUUAUGUUAUUAAAUCUUUCCCCCCGCCACGGAAACGUUUGAAAACAUGAGAAAACGAUGGAAAGUAACGUUAAUCAUUUUAAGACAAUCUUUCUCCUCGAUGCGAAACUUUUUACAUAAAGCGUACUCUUUUAAAUGUAAAUUUCCGUGAUGUACUAAUUUGCCUUUCGCUCUUCUCAACCGGAGUCUACUUGUUCUACGCAAUAGACGAGAAAAGUUCUUGUCCAAUCAAGAAUUUCGAAUAACAAACGCAGGGUAACGCUGGAUCAUUAAACGAUGCAACCUCCUGUUUGCAUCGACGCAUUUCCCCCGACCAAACGUUCCAAAAUAGACAAUUUCACUUUCCCUUGAAGAAUCAAUGGGAUAGUUGGCCGUGUGUAUCACAGAGACGAGUUCAAUUCCACGGAUGCUUCGGUGAGGCGAUUAUUCAAACGUUCGUGAAACACGGUCGUAAAUCUGUGUACGGCAACCGGUCGAAUCCGCGCGAGAACAUCAUGGAAGUAGGCUUUGGUAAUGAGAUGAAAGCGAGCCGGAGAAAAUUGGAAACUGAUCGGAGACCUCGUUAAAUUCGAUACCAAAAUAUCGAAACUAAUCGUCAACGAUUCGACGAUCAACGGUAAACGGAGAUCAUUAAUUGCUAGCAAUUAGCGCGUAGAUCUAAACUAUAGACAAAUGUCUCUAUGGGUACAGAGAAUUUGAAGAAGAAGAAAAAGGCAAAUGAAUAACCUGACAGACGGGGAAGAAGAUCUGCCUGAAGACGCUUCCUCGCUGUUGUCGGUGCUUCUAGUUGGAUUCCUCUUCCUGAUCUUGAUAUUUUUAUCCGUCGCGGGCAACAUACUCGUCUGCGUGGCAAUUUACACGGACCGCGGGUUACGGAGGAUAGGAAAUCUGUUCCUGGCCUCCCUCGCGAUCGCCGACCUCACCGUCGGUUGCCUGGUGAUGACUAUUGCCGGAGUGAACGAUCUCCUCGGCUAUUGGGUCUUCGGUCCGGCGUUCUGCGACACCUGGAUCGCCUUUGACGUUAUGUGCAGCACUGCCUCCAUUUUGAAUCUCUGCGCGAUUUCCCUCGAUCGUUACAUACACAUCAAGGACCCUCUCAGAUACGGACGUUGGGUGACGAGAAGAGUCGCGUUCGCUGGAAUCGCUAUCGUGUGGCUGCUCGCGGGACUCAUAUCUUUCGUACCGAUCAGCCUAGGCCUUCACCGGGCAAACGAACCCAUAGAUAACGGCACAACUAUAGAGGAACACCCUACGUGCACCUUAGAACUUACGCCCACUUACGCGGUGGUCUCCUCUUCCAUAUCUUUUUACGUACCCUGCAUCGUGAUGCUGGGAAUUUAUUGCAGGCUCUAUUGCUACGCUCAGAAGCACGUGAAAAGCAUCCGGGCGGUGACAAAACUACCCGACACCUCAAUGGCCAAGAGCUUUCGCGCGAAGAGCACUCGCAACAAGCCACCAAAACCGCAAACAAAAACGAAGCCGACAAGCCCUUACCACGUGUCCGAUCACAAGGCCGCCAUCACCGUGGGCGUAAUUAUGGGAGUUUUCUUAAUAUGUUGGGUACCCUUUUUCUGCGUAAAUAUCGUCGCCGCGUACUGCAAGAGCUGCAUAUCAGUCCGAGCUUUCCAAGUACUCACUUGGCUCGGCUACAGCAACUCGGCCUUCAACCCGAUCAUCUACAGCAUCUUCAACACAGAAUUCCGAGAGGCGUUCAAAAGGAUCCUCACAAAAGGUGCACGGGCUCGCGGAAAUCAACCGUCGACCAGUGAAUGCGGCGAAUUUCGGUCCGUGGUUGUCCAGAAACGAAACGGAUCCAUGAUCGAAUGCAAUAUUAGCCCGCGAUCGAGUGCGGAUAGUUGUCAAGUCGGAAUAAUGGGGCAAAGACACCGCGACACUAUCGUGAGUGCGAUAUAACUGAACUCGAGUUUCUCUUUCGGAUGUAUCGAUCUUCCUAUCGAGCGCUAUUCGCGUUGGUAAAAACUGGGCCGCGCUCUUGGUCUCGUAUUCCUGGAUUCUCACGAACUGUACACAAAUUUUUCACCACGGCUGGUUCGACCCUUUACAGUUCGCUACGUUAUUUUCACGAUAAUAGAUUUCACGUGUUAUAAUGUAAUCGAAUUCGAACAGAUCUAUUCAAUUCAAUGAUCGCAAAUUUCAAAUACAACAUGAUUUAAUAGUACACCAAGAAGAAGAAAAGACCACGUAAUACAUGAACGUUAAGUAUGCUACAGCGAUUGGGCGAGUUUCGAAGUUUCGAGUUGGGAAACUAUUUUAAUGCGAUAUCGAAUCUGGAACGUUUGGUCACAUUAUCCUAGCAUAAAGUGUGUAUAGUCACCGGUAGGGAUCUUGUGAGGUCGUAAAGUCGGUCGGACAUCGAUCUUUACAACUUAAGUCGACCGCAAUUAAUAAUCUGACACCUUUUUAGACAAGGACAGAGCUAGACUUUUCGUUCAGGGCCGUAUGGUAUCAGAAUUAGGAUGUUCAUAUCUCAACAACUUUUUUCUUCUUAUGUAUGUUCACACAUAAUUCUGUUGGCCGACUUAUUGAAAAUACUGUGGUAGGUAGGAACAUAGUUAACCAAUCAUCGUCAAGAGUUUUCGGUUUUUCCAAUUUGGAAAAACCCGCGUAGCAAACAUCAAGUCUUGGGACCCCGGGGUGUAACGUGGGCAUGUACAGGGUGUCUCAAAAAUGUUGUAACAUCUUGAAAGAGGUGGUUCGGGGGGUGAUUUGAAACAACUUUUUCCUUAGCGAAAAUAUUGUCCGAGGCUUCGUUGAGGAGAUAUUAACGAAAAACACUGACCAAUCAGAGCGCGUGGUUACCGUUGGAGCGGCCGCGAUAGCGAAGGCUACGAGCUAAGCGGCCACGCUUGUACGCGACCAAGCGACUGGACGUGCAUCGAAGGACAUUGACGCAGCCGCUUAGCUCGUAGCCUUCGCUACCACGGCCGCUCCAACGGUAUACGCGCGCUCUGAUUGGUCGACGUUUUCCGUUAAUAUCUCCUCAACGAAGCCUCGGACAACAUUUUCGCUAAGGAAAAAGUUGUUUCAAAUCACCUCCCGAACCACCCAUUUCAAGGUGUUACAACAUUUUUUGGACACCCUGUAUACUUUAGAGCCGCGUCACCUCUGUCGUCCUACGGAUCAAUUACCUGGGCCAAUAAAGCAAUAACUACUGUUUCGGUUUACGACCUCACAAGAUCCCUUCCAGCGACAGUACGUAAGUCAACAUCUCGUGUUAACGUGUAAAUCUGGUCGAUCGAAUCAGAAAAUCGUUAAAUCAAAAUUCCGGUAAAUACUUUAAAUUCUUUUUUAAAGGGUCGAACACUGCUUGCAUUCUACUACUAGCCCGCGAAAACUUAUGGAACGUUUAGAACAGCAAUUAUAAAUAUCAACGUUAACCGUAACGAUAAAGUUUGUCGUUUACUUAUUCAAGCAAGAUAUUACACAAUUUACGAAAUUUUGUCGUAAUACAGAGCACGUUAUUGAACUUUUCCUUUAUGAAUUUGCCAAAUAACGUAAUUAUCGAUCGUAUCGUAUUCGAAUACAACAAAAAAAAGACUAAUGCAGAGUGUUAAAAAAUCUGAACCUGUACUUGCCAUAAUCGAAACUUGAACAUUCUACAAAUUGGUUUUCGCGAAACCAAAGGUUCAUAUAACACAAUUUUGUCCUGUAUUUUUAAACGGAUAUAAUAUGCUAUAAAAAUGUACA